AUGACUGCUGAAGUCGAGGUUAACCCAUUUAGACCUGGUGGUGAGCUUUCCAAGGAAGUAGAAGAUAUCUUGAAAAACUCCACAAUUUCGAGGGAUACUAUAAUUAUCAAUGAUCCUGCUUUGCGUCGCGCCAACGGAAAUACUACAUCUGUAGAUGGGAUUAUAUCUAAUAAUGUUCACACGAAAUGUGCAGAAUCACCUUUUAAAUCCCAGACGUCUAAUGGUCUCAGUAUUACUGAUCGUUCUCCACAUCCACCUGGUCUAGUAACGUGCGAGGUGGUAUCUCAGCAUGUACAACCAAUUCAAAGUCCAGCAACAUUUCAGUCUGGUCAAGUUGAACAUGUUAAUAUAAAGAUGAAGCUAGCUAACACAAGUAAACACUAUCCCGUUGACAAUCUGGUGAAACAACUAUCUUGCCAAAAAUACCACUGUAUGCUAUUCUCUACAGUUGUACCUUUAUCUUCCCAAACUUGUUAUUUUAUUGAGUGUUUUCUUUCACCUGCUUUCAGAUGA